AUUGUGGCCAGGUUUGAGCCUUUCAGAACAAGAGAUUGGAGCAAAGAAUUAUUUAACCCCUUUACUCCAGCAGACUCUCUCCCUUCCUGAAUCUGUGGGCUGCUCAGCCUGUAAGAAAGCUCCUUGUGGAGGAAGAGGGAGGGAGAAGCCAGCCAGAGAACUGCAGGCAUCUGCAACGAUCCCAAAAGGAAAAGGGAAAAAAACGCACCACUAUGACAGUGUGAAAGGAUCCAAAACAUCAGCUUCCAAAUUCGCCUGUCACUUCAGACUCCCUUGAGUUGACAGAACUGCAGACUUUCACGUCUGCAGACUUGAAUGUGUCUGCAGGCAAAAAGGCAGAGCUAACAAGAGAAGAAAUUUCUGUUUAUUUCCUGGCUGUGCAAGAAGAUAAAAUACAACUUCAGCUUUCAGCUGAGGUUCUGGGCCCAGCCACCUACCCAAAGGCUAGAAAGCAUGAAGACGGUGUUGUUUUUCCUCUACAUGUUGGGAAGUGUGGCUGCAAUCCCGACAAAUGCAAGAUUCCUAUCUAAUAAUUUCAAGCCUACUGCUGACUCCUUGAGUUCUGCCCCACAAGAUAAAAAUUUGGGAAUACCUACUAGCACUGAGACUGCCAUUUUAAAUGGUGAAUAUGAAGAAAAUGAAAAGGAAACCUCUGUAUCCCUAGAAGACCAUUCUAAGUCAAAGGAAGAGAGUGACAACGCAGAAGAUCAGGACUCAAGCAACAGCCAUGGAUUGAUAUCAGAGGAUCUCAAGGAAAGUGACAGUGACUUGAGUGAGAAUUUGGAAGAUGCACCAACUGAAGGUACUCUGGACCUCAAAGAUGUGAGUGAGCUUCAAAAGAAAGAACUCCCAGAGAACACUGAUGUUCUUGCUCCUGAUUUUACUUCUGCAGUCGAUUCUGUCCAACAUGAGAGCAUGACAAAUGCAGAGAAAGAUCAAGACCAACCAGUAAGUGACCUACAUACUCAUGUGAACAAGAACAGCAAACAGAGCCAAGACUUAAGUGAGCCAGGAAAUCAAGAACAGGGUCCAAGGAGUUCUAGUGAAGAAAAGAAAGAAGAAAAAGACUCAGUUGAGGUUGAUGUAAAUCAUGAUGACCAAGAAAAGAAAAGUGAGUUUCCCAGGAAGCUUUCUAGUAUUCACCAGGAUGAAGACAGUACUCAAUCUGCUAUUUUGGAAGAGUCUGAGCAACCAACUCAAGUGAGCAAGAUGCAAAAGAAUGAAGAUGAGCAAGAUAACGUAGGACCUGAAGAAGAUCAGUCUGAUACAGAAAUGGAAGAAGAAACUUCAUCAAAAAUUCAAAAGCACCAGCCAGAUUCGGAAUGGCUGGACCAUGAGGAAAAGUCUAGCCCUGAGGUUAUGAGUAACCAGCAAGAGAUGGAGAAAAAGACUGUUUCUGAAUCUUUGUUCGUCAAGCCUACCAAAGAGGUUGACACAAGAACCAGAAACCAUGAGGCUGAAAAUGAUGAGGAUGGUGAUGAUGAUGAUAAUGAUGAUGAUGAUGAUGAUGAUGAACACAGGCAUAGUGCCAAUGAUGAUGAUUCCACCCCAAGCCAGGCCUCCCUGCAGAGUGAAAGCUCUAAGUCCAUUGACUACCACCUCAAAAAUGAAGAACAGAUAGACAGAGCACAUGAGGAGAAUGCUGACGCCAGUGAGCCUAGAGAACACCAAGAGGUCAAAAAAGCAGAGAGUUCUCCCACUGAAGAUGGAAGUUCAACUGAAGGCUAUUUGAAGCCGCACAAUGCUGAUGUGUGCACAAACUUCCAGUGUAAGAGAGGACACACGUGCAAGGCUAACCAACAGGGGAAACCUCAUUGUGUUUGUCAAGAUCCAAUGUCUUGCCCUCCUACAAAACUCCUUGACCAAGUUUGUGGUACAGACAAUCAGACAUAUGCUAGCUCCUGUCACCUGUUUGCUACCAAAUGCAGAAUGGAGGGAACCAAACGAGGACACCAGCUGCAGCUGGAUUAUUUUGGAGCCUGCAAAUCUAUUCCUGUUUGCACAGACUUUGAAGUGACUCAGUUUCCUCUAAGGAUGAGGGACUGGCUCAAGAAUAUUCUCAUGCAGCUGUAUGAGCCCAACCCUGAACAAAAUGGCUAUCUGAACGAGAAACAGCGAAAUAAAGUCAAGAAAAUUUACCUUGAUGAAAAAAGACUCUUAGCUGGAGAUCAUUCCAUUGACCUUCUUUUAAGGGACUUUAAGAAAAACUACCAUAUGUAUGUGUAUCCUGUGCACUGGCAAUUUAGUGAACUUGACCAACAUCCUAUGGACAGGAUCCUGACACAUUCUGAGCUUGCUCCUCUGCGUGCAUCUCUGGUGCCCAUGGAACACUGCAUAACCCGCUUUUUUGAGGAGUGUGAUCCCAACAAGGAUAAACAUAUCACUCUGAAGGAGUGGGGCCACUGCUUUGGAAUCAAAGAAGAAGACAUAGAUGAAAAUCUUCUGUUUUGAAAUGCGAAAUAAAUGUGCUUAAACUUUCCAGCAUCUUCAUCUACUCUGACAAGUUCUGAAAUAUAUGCAGCUGUGAGAACUUCUAGAUUCAUAUUAGCAAAAUAUUUGCAUUUCUUAGAAAAUAUGAGACUAUCCACUUAACCACAGCAUAUGUGCCAGGCAUUUAACAGCAACUUUGGAAUAAAAUUAUGUAAAGUCGAUCUAAAAGUACAAAAUACAGUAUAUUGUUUGUGAACAGUUUAACUUAUUAUACUCUGCAUCCAUUUAUGAGAAAUGUACUAAUCAUAAAACUUGAAAGACCAUGUUCAUUUUGUCUAUAAUAUCUGCACAUCAAGAAAAUGCUAUGAGGCUCUUUAAUUGUUAAUGUGUCUUAUGUUCAGUAUCUUAAUAUCCUAAUAAAAAUUCAAAAACAUA